AUGGGGAUGGACAGUGGUGGCAGAGGCUGUGUGGACAGUGACAACAGGCCACAUCAAAGAGUCAUCAAGCAUGUGCCUAGUUUGACACCAAUCGAUCACCACAAAAACUCUGAAUGCCAGUUUUAUGUCUGGGCAAUUCUAGCCUUCUUGGGUUUAGCUCUGACUAUAUCGCUUAUCUUCAACAUUUCCCACUAUGUGGAAAAGCAGCGACAAGAUAAAACAUACACGUACUCCGAUGACUACUUUCCCAGGGAAAAUGAGUAUGACCUUGAAGACACACCAAUUUAUGGUAACUUAGAUAAUGUGGUCCCAGAACCAGUGGAUGAAAACUACUAUGAACAAAUGAAAGCCCGGCCAGAGAGAUCUGUGAACAAACUGCAAGAAGACGCCCCACCUUCACAGGAAACUGAAGUAAAGAUGUUCUAUGCCUCACUAGAUCACAGCUGUGAGGGGAAGCGCAGAAAGCACAAGAAACAGAAAACUUAUUUGUCAGACAAGGAUGAAGAUGGGCAGGUACAUGCAAUGGAUAUCAACCUUUCUAAGGCCACUUUGGUGGACAGUUUCCCACCAGAAAGCCAGGCAAUAGAGGAAAACAUUCAUGAUGAUCCCAUCAGGCUGUUUGGAUUGAUCCGUGCACAGAAAGAAACUGUAAACUAGCUGGACUAUGGAUCUAGCUCAGUGACCCAGCUCUUACUGGAAGUUGUUGUUAAAGAAAUGAAGACCCCAUAUGACACAACAUGAUUUGUCAGGGUGAUGAGCUGAUUGUCUGUUGGUGCGAUGGUGGCUUACCUUUUAUACAGAGCUUAUGUUAUACACAGCAAAUGGAAUACCAUACAAAUUAGUUAUUUAAAUUAGUUAUUUGAAUUCACUUAAAAAAUACUGAUGUAGUCAAAUGUAAACGAAAUCAAGUUUGCAAAUUGAUCCUGAUAACAAAAUCAUAACUUCAAAACAAUUAUUAAUACUCAGCGAAAUAAACCAAAAAAAAAGGUUUUAAGCAUAAAUAUGUUCUGGAUCAUGUUGAAAGAGAAAUAAAAGUCAAUGUUUUUUUUUUAAACAGUUCUCGUUUCUCAUCAAUGUGAAACAUCCCAUAGUUGGAAGAAAUUUCUGACUGAAAGGCAUGGGAGACAUUAAAACUUAUUUCUAAGAGAAGAGGGAUAAUCUUAAGAAAUACUUUUCAAAAAUGGAAAUAUCUUUAUUACUUCUAAAAAUUAUUAUAAAAUUAAUGCAUAUUCCUUGUAACAAUAAACAGUAUCAAAAAGAAUUUAGAUAUUCUACUAGCCAGAGAUAAUUACUGUGAUCAACUUUCUAUAUAUUCUAGAUGUUUGUCUGGGCAUGACCAUAUAUAUACCCACAUAUAUGACCAUUAGUUGUUUUUUUAACCAAAAAAGAAAAAAGGGGAAUGAUUAUUUUAUACAUAUUAUUUAAACUUUUUUCACUUAACAAUAAUAUAUUAUAGAU